AUGCAGAAGAGCGUCCGCUACAACGAGGGGCACGCGCUGUUUCUGUCGGCGGUCGCGCGUAAAGAGGGAACCAAGCGCGGCUACCUGUGCAAGAAGGCGGCGGAGAACAGCCGAUGGCACGAGAAGUUCUUCGCCCUCUACCAGAAUAUACUGUUCUACUUCGAGAACGAGCAAAGCGCGCGACCUGCUGGGAUUUACCUGUUGGAAGGAUGCACCUGCGAGCGCGCACCAGCGCCCAAGAUGUCCACGACUGGGAAGGAAGCGCUGGAGAAACAGCACUACUUCCUCAUCGUGUUCGGUCACGAUGGACAGAAGCCUCUGGAACUACGAACAGAGGAGGAGUACGAGUGUGAUGAAUGGGUGGAGGCCAUCCAGCAGGCCAGCUACUCUGACAUCAUCAUCGAGCGAGAGGUGCUGAUGCAGAAGUACAUCCACCUCGUGCAGAUCGUGGAGACGGAGAAGGUUGCUGCCAAUCAGCUGCGCACUCAGCUCGAGGAUCAGGACACUGAAAUCGAGCGGCUCAAAGCAGAGAUUGUGGCUCUGAACAAAACUAAGGAGCGAAUGCGGCCUUACCACGUCUACCACGAGAAUGAAGACCCGGACAUCAAGAAGAUCAAAAAGGUGCAGAGCUUCAUGCGGGGCUGGCUCUGUCGGAGGAAGUGGAAGAUUAUUGUUCAGGACUACAUCUGCUCUCCUCACGCUGAGAGCAUGAGGAAGAGGAACCAGAUCGUCUUCAAUAUGGUGGAGGCAGAGACAGAGUACGUCCACCAGCUCUACAUCCUGGUCAACUGCUUCCUCAGACCUCUGAGGAUGGCUGCCAGCUCCAAGAAACCCCCAAUCAGCCACGACGACGUCAGCAGCAUCUUCCUCAACAGCGAGACCAUCAUGUUCCUACAUGAGAUUUUCCAUCAAGGCUUGAAGGCGAGGAUCGCCAACUGGCCAACUCUGGUGCUGGCCGACCUGUUCGACAUCCUGCUGCCCAUGUUGAACAUCUACCAGGAGUUUGUGCGUAACCACCAGUACAGCCUGCAGGUUUUGGCCAACUGCAAGCAGAACAGAGACUUUGACAAGCUGCUGAAACAGUACGAGUCCAACGCCGCCUGCGAGGGAAGGAUGCUCGAGACCUUCCUCACGUACCCGAUGUUCCAGAUUCCUCGUUACAUCAUCACCUUACAUGAACUACUGGCCCACACACCUCAUGAGCACGUGGAACGCAAGAGUCUUGAAUUCGCCAAGUCCAAAUUAGAGGAGCUGUCCAGAGUAAUGCACGACGAGGUGAGCGACACAGAAAACAUUCGGAAGAACCUGGCCAUAGAGAGGAUGAUAGUGGAGGGCUGCGACAUCCUGCUGGACACCAGCCAGACCUUCGUCAGGCAGGGCUCUCUGAUCCAGCUGCCAUCGGUGGAGCGAGGGAAGCUCAGUAAGGUCCGUCUGGGCUCGCUGUCUCUGAAGAAGGAAGGCGAAAGACAGUGUUUUCUCUUCACCAAACACUUCCUUGUCUGCACACGCAGCUCUGGGGGGAAGCUACACCUGCUAAAGCAAGGUGGAGUUCUGUCCCUAAUUGACUGCACGCUGAUCGAGGAACCAGAUGCCAAUGACGAGGAAUCUAAGGCCGGAGGUCAGGUUUUCGGUCAGCUGGACUUUAAGCUGGUGGUGGAGCCGACAGACUCGCCUUCGUUUACCGUGGUGUUGCUGGCGCCGUCGCGGCAGGAGAAGGCUGCGUGGACCAGCGAUAUUAGCCAGUGCAUCGAUAAUAUCCGCUGUAAUGGCUUGAUGACCAGCGUGUUUGAGGAAAACUCUAAAGUCACCGUGCCUCACAUGAUCAAAUCCGAUGUGCGUCUCCAUAAAGAUGAUGUUGACAUUUGCUUCAGCAAGACGCUCAACUCCUGCAAGGUCCCCCAGAUCCGUUACGCCAGCGUGGAGCGGCUGCUGGAGAGGCUGACCGACCUGCGCUUCCUCUCCAUAGACUUCCUCAACACCUUCCUGCACACAUACAGGAUCUUCACCGCAGCCACCGUGGUCAUGGACAAACUGGCCGACAUCUACAAGAAGCCCUUCUCCUCCAUACCGAUCAGGUCCUUGGAGUUGUUUUUUGCCACCAAUCAAAACAACCGAAGUGGCGAGCACACAAACGACAGAUCUCCUCGUCUCUGCCGCAAGUUCUCCUCUCCUCCCCCUCUGUCCAUCUCGUCCCGCACCUCCUCCCCGGUCCGAGCCCGGAAGCUGUCCCUCCACUCCCCCAUCACGGCCAGGGUGGGAGGCCUGGACCUCACCAGCCCUCUGUCCAACUCCAACCACAACACGUCCCAGUCGGCCGCCAGCAGCCCCACAUCAGCCCAAACCCCCCAGACUCCCACGCCUCAGACCCCGACCCCGACCACCUCCUCUCCUCCCCCUCCACCCUCCUCCACCUCCCCUCCGCCCAACAACUCCAAGCCGCCGCUGGACCAAGUUCCUCCCAUUCCCUCGUCCCCCGACCAGAGUCCCUGCCAGACCGCGGAGGGGGACGAGGUGCCCAGGAUCGACCCCUUCUGUGGGAAGCUGCGACGGAGCAUCCGCAGAGCUGUGCUGGAGUCAGUCUCCCUGGAGAAAAUCAUCCCCGAGUCUCCACAGGGCAGCGAAGCAGGAGACAUGUCUCCGUGUCGCUCUCCUUCCACACCUCGACACCUCCGCUACAGACAGCCUGGAGUCCAGUCAGGCGAGAACUCACGCUGCUCCGUCUCUCCGGCCUCGGCCUUCGCCAUCGCCACAGCAGCAGCAGGACACGGUUCACCACCAGUGUUUACUAACUCGGAAAGAACCUGCGAUAAGGAGUUCAUCAUUCGUCGAGCUGCGACUAACAGAGUUCUCAACGUGCUGCGCCACUGGGCCUCCAAACACUCACAGGACUUUGAGAUGAACGGGGAGCUGAAGAUGUCAGUGAUCUGCCUCCUGGAGGAGGUGCUCAGAGAUCCAGACCUGCUGCCUCAGGAGAGGAAAGCCACCGCCAACAUACUAAGUGCCCUUUCUCAGGACGAGCAGGAUGACGCCCAGCUGAGGAUAGAGGACAUCCUACAGAUGGCGGACUGUCCGAAGGCAGAGUGUUUCGAGUCCCUCUCGGCGAUGGAGUUGGCCGAGCAGAUCACUCUGCUGGAUCACAUCGUCUUCCGGAGCAUUCCUUAUGAAGAGUUCCUGGGCCAGGGCUGGAUGAAGGUCGACAAGACGGAGAGGACGCCCUACAUCAUGAAAACUAGUCAACACUUCAAUGAUAUGAGCAACCUGGUGGCGUCCCAGAUCAUGACCCACACCGACGUGGGCUCCAGGGCCAGCUCCAUCGAGAAGUGGGUCGCCGUGGCGGACAUCUGUCGCUGUCUCAACAACUACAACGGCGUGCUGGAGAUCACGUCUGCGCUCAAUCGCAGCGCCAUCUACCGUCUGAAGAAGACCUGGGCUAAAAUCAGCAAACAGAGCAAAGCGCUGAUGGACAAACUGCAGAAGACCGUGUCCUCCGAGGGAAGAUUCAAGAACCUGAGGGAGACGCUGAAAAACUGCAACCCUCCAUGUGUGCCAUACCUGGGAAUGUAUCUCACAGACUUGGCCUUUAUCGAGGAGGGAACCCCGAACUUCACCGAGGAGGGUCUCGUUAACUUCUCCAAGAUGAGGAUGAUAUCCCACAUCAUCAGAGAGAUCCGACAGUUCCAGCAGACGCCGUACAGAAUAGAGCAUCAAGCCAAGGUGACGCAGUACCUUCUGGACAAGACUCUGAUCAUGGACGAGGACACGCUCUACGACCUCUCGCUGAAGAUCGAGCCCAGGCUUCCCGCCUGA